AUGACAAUGGGAAGAUCCAAAACGAGAAAGUCUGACUUGCCUCUGAAGUCGAAGCUCAAGAAGGAUCCUGGAAUCCCAAAGCUGCCGGAUCUAAAGGCAAAGGUACGGAAUGCACAGAAGAAACCCAUGGCACCUCCAGACAGGCGCAUGGAUCCGGAUGCGCCAAUGGCCUCCGAACCUACUCUGUCGACGCUUGCGAUGAUGGCUGAGGCCUCAUCUUCCGCCAUGCAACUCACCGACGCCUCGUCUUCGACAUCUGGCCGCGGUUAUGGGUUCAACAUCUCUGGGAAGACGAAGGAGCAGAUGCGGAAGUACUACUUGCGGACGCUGCAUAAGGUUGUGGACGAGAGUGAUAUCGUUAUUCUGGUUUUGGACGCCAGAGAUCCGGAGGGCUGUAGGAGUCGCCUGGUGGAGGAAGAAGUGCGGCGGCGAGAGGCAGAGGGCAAGAAGCUUGUCUUUGUCCUAAAUAAGAUCGACCUGAUACCGCGUUCAAACGCUCAAGCAUGGCUGAAGUACCUCCGACAUUCUACCCCAACUUUGCCAUUCCUUUCCUCCGCCUCAUCACAACACCAAAGAACGAACAUCUCUUCCUCAACUGCCCCUGCUCUUCUCAAACUCCUCAAAGCGUACAAACCGAAAGCUGGAAGCGUAACAGUCGGCGUAGUCGGAUAUCCCAAUGUUGGCAAGAGUAGUCUGAUCAACAGUCUCAAGAGAAGUAAGGUCUGCGCCGUCGCUGCUCAACCAGGCCACACGAAGGAUCUUCAAUCAGUGCAACUAGAACGAGGAAUGCGUAUAAUUGAUUCGCCGGGAGUAGUCUUCGACGACGAUGACUUUGAUGACGGGAAGGGGUCGAAGAAGGGAAGCGUGCUACUACGGAAUGUUGUGAAGGUCGAAGAUGUGGAGGAUCCGAUAGCAGUCGUCGAGGAGAUCCUUUCCAGAACGCCGCGUCCGACCUUGCAGAAAAUCUACAACCUUCCCGAAUUCACGUCGACUUUGGAGUUCUUGACGAUGCUAGCGUUGAGCAACGGCCGGCUUCUGAAGGGUGGUACACCAGACCUGAACGCAGCUGCUCGUCAAAUUCUCACAGACUGGAACCAACAAAAAAUCCCUUACUCUCCAUACCUCCAACUAUUCACCCUUCUCUUAUCCCAUCUGUUGUCUCUUCGACGCGGAACGCCGAGGAAGGGCCCACAAUCGCGCCUGGAGCUGAGAACGUCGGUCAGGCACAGAUAUUGA